AUAUUUUUGUUUUCAAAUAUUUCAGACAAUUUAUUCGUAAUAACUUAUAUCAGAAGAAAUGAAAAGCCUCGUACAUAACAAAUAUGUGGCAAUCUGACGUAUGAAACGUUAAAACAUUUUGUUGAUUCCUACAAUACAAAUUACUGACAACUGAUAAUGAAAAAUUACCAAAGAAACAUAGAAACGAGGGAUUUCUUCAUUUAAAGUGUACCUGGGAAUCACUAAAAUAUAAUCAAGAAGAGAAAGUUGAAUUUUUUCUUAUUACAUAAGAAGACAAGAAGUUCAGUUUAUAUUCUUACAAAAUGGCAAGUACAUCAAAAAUGGAUUUGUCAGAUUAUCAUUGGGAUCAAAUGGUGUCCAAAGCUGUAGCAUAUCAACAAGAUUUUUAUGAAUUACUUCCAAGUUGGACUAUAUAUAAAAAGGAAGAUGUCAAGUUUAUCAAGCAAAAUAUAGGAUAUUCAAUAUUUGGUUCACCUCUUUUUGAACGAACUUCUGAUUCUAAAGAUAUUUUAAAUUUUAAGGUUAAUAAUACAAAUGAAGAUACAGAGAUAUGUGAUGUUAUUUGUUAUAGUCCUAAUGCUCAGGAUCUUAUUGAUAGAAUUUUUAACAUGAUAUGGACAUACGGUAGACGACUUAAAGAUGAUAAUAUAAAUUAUGGCAUUGUAUAUAAUAUACUUUUUCGUAAUAAAAUGGAUAAACCAUCAACGUCAAAUGACGAAGAAGAAAUAAUAGCUAUACCUGUAUUUAAAAUACAGCAUUACAAUGAUAAAACACAAAUGAAAAGCAAUACGCAUAAUGAAAACAUUUAUACUGUUUGGUAUAUAGAUAUUAAGGGUAGAGUAUACAAAAGUUGGGAAGAUUAUUUGAAGAAUAAUAAUUUACCAAAAUGUACAAUGGUCUUUCCAAAAGAUGGUUAUUAUCAACCAAAUCCUGAAUUUGAAAUUACUCCCAAUAAAUCUAUUAUAUGGUUAAUUGUUCAAGACUCUUAUGCGUGUUCAAAACGGGCAAAUAUUUUGUCUAUAAUUAACAAUACAAUUAAUGCAGUAGGGACUGCUGCUAUUGUUGGAUUUGGAAUUGCAACGAUUUUUAAUCCUACCUCUUCAAUAGUUGCUAUUGGAAAAGUGGCAACAUUGGUUGCAAGUGGUGCUUGGACGUUUAAGACAUCUUCCGUAAAAUUAUACGAUAUGGCAGUACACCAAGAAUCUAUUAAACCAUUUAAUCGAAAUGCUUUGUCCGCUUGGCUUGGUAUAGCUGGAAGUACUGUUGGAAUAGCGAUUUGCGGUAGUACAAUCCUCUUGAAAAAAGCAGUUGCAGCAGGCGUCACUGUUAAUCAAUUAGCCAUGUCAACGCACGAUGCUAUGGUAAUAACCAGUAUAUCAAUAAAUUUAAUUGGCCUUGGUUAUGAAAGCUUACAUAUUCUUGGAAAGUAUAAACAAGAAAAAAGAGUUGAUAUUCAGGAUAUUAUUUAUCUUGGAACUUAUCUAUUGUUCUUUACGAAUUCUAUUAUAAAUAUAACAUUUGCUAAAGAAAUAAUUGAAUUGACCCAAGGGGAUAUAUUAAGAAAGAUUGAAACGGAGUUGCGCGAUAAUAAUUUGCACCAAUAUUAUGAGUUCAAGAAAAUGAAAAGUUCUAUAGAACCUAAUGGUAAUAAAAUGAAUCAGAAUGCUGCUAUUAUACGACAGCUUAAAACAGUCACAGUAAAUGACUUUACGUCUAAUAAUAAUUAUUUCGUUUAUACAUCGAAUCGUUUAUUAAGCAUAGAACAGGGAAAAAUAAAGUUAAAUGGAAUAACUUUAUUAGAUCCAUUAUUAUUUGUUGCCAUGAUAGGAAAAAAUUUGUUGAAGAACAUCAACAAUUGUGAAGAUCAAUCAAAUACAUAUAUAGAUCAACAAAAUACAUUAAAAAAAUUACUUGAAACUUUACUGACAGAUUUGUAUUUGAGCAGAAAUGAUUUAAAUACUGAAUGUGUGCCUACAAUUCCUCAGUUUCGAUUUCUCAUAGAGGAAUUAAAAAAAAUUGAUAACUCUGAAAAUAUAUUAUCAUUUAUAUUUAACACUGCUGUUACUAUAUUAAACAGUGGCAAUAAAUUGGCAUAUUUGGUCGAAGGAUGUCGUUUUGUAUGGGAUUAUAUUAAAACAAAUCUGAUAGAAGCAGGAUUUGAAAAGUUUCUUACUGCUGAAUACAGUUCUUCUUAUAAUAAUAACAAUGUAAUGGAACUUUUUUUUAUAACGAUAUUCAAUGCAGUAGAUUCAAUGAUUCAAGCCUAUUUUAACGCACUUCAAGAAUAUAUACGAAUAAUACAUAAAUCUUAUUGAGAUCAUUAAAAAUAGAGAUAUAAAAUUUCUACGAUAAGUAUUAUAUAUAUAUAUAUUUUUCUUUUCUUUUUUUUUUUUUUG